AUGUCCAGGUUUUUAGUGUUUAGCGGUGUCUUAAUAUUUGCGACGAGUUUAGUUAAUUGCAGCAGGGAGGGGGUUGAUUUUAGGGAUGGGGCGCAAAUUAUCGGAAAAUUGUUCCGUCACUUUGUAAACUCACAACCGGAAGACUACCAAAUAACUGAUGGUGUGCACUUGAUAAGCACGUCAACCGCAAACGACAUUGACAGCAGAUCGGUGGAUGAUUUGUCCUUGAUGGGUGUUAUCGAAAAUUACGUACGAACGCACGAAGUUCGAAUUAAGUUCACGGAACUUAUGCCCGAUGGCCAGGAUUUGGCAAGAGCUUUCAGAAGUGAUGGCGACGAAGGAAAUUCGGAAGUUGGAACUGCUCGAGGAAAAAAUAAAGGUGGUGGCGGCGGAGGCGGCCUAAUGAUGUUGGGAGGAAUGUUCGGAUCCAUGAUGGGUGCCAUCGGAUUAGGCGGCGUAGGAUUACUAGCAAUGAAGGCACUGGCCGUAUCCGCAAUGGCAUUGAUGCUGGCGGCGGUUAUUGGAGUUAAAAGCCUGGCAAGCGGCGGAGGACAUGAGGAUCAUCGUGUCAUUCACGCAGGAGGUCACGACCAUAGGAAAAAGAGGGAGGCAGCCGAAAUGGCUUACAACGCCUGGUAUCCAUACGUGCGAAGUUAGUCCGCAUCCCCUAGCUAGGUAACUUAUUCAAUUUAGCGUAUUUUAGUGUCAAAGUCCCGUACCUUAUUAUUAGA